AUGGAUAAACCAGAAGAAAGCAAUCCAGGGGAGUCUGUGAAGUGGAAUAGCUUAGUUGAUGAUUCCGAGAAGAAGAAGCCAGACCCAGGUGCAGUCACUAUUCCCUGCAUAAUUAGAACUAUGGAAUUCACCAAGGCACUGUGUAAUCUGGUAGAAAGCGUUAAUUUGAUGCCAUUGUCUAUUUAUAGAAAGUUGGGUCUAGGCAAUCCCAUAUCCACUGAUAUAAGAUUGGUGAUGGCGGAUAGGUCAGUAAAGCAACCUGUCGGCAUUCUUCAUGAUAUGUUGGUAAAGGUUUCCAAUUUCGUAUUCCCUGCAUACUUCGUCAUUCUAGAUUGCGAGGUGGGCUUUGAGGUGCCUAUAAUCUUUGGUCGACGUUUCCUCUCUACCAGAAGUGUGUUGAUCGAUUUGAGAGUGAAUGAGCUCUUAUUCAGGAUGAACGAUGAAGUAGCACAGUUUGAUGUGGGAAAAUUAAUGAAACAGCAUUAG